AAAAUGAAGAUUUCCUUGCUCUGUAUUUUUCUAAUUUUAUGUAGUGCCUCAGCCUGGGCUAAAGAUAAACAUUAUUACAUUGGAAUUAUUGAAACAACUUGGGACUAUGCCUCUGACCAUGGGGAAAAGAAACUUAUUUCAGUUGACACGGAACAUUCCAAUAUCUAUCUUCAAAAUGGCCCCAAUAGAAUUGGAAAAGUCUACAAGAAGGCCCUGUAUCUUCAGUACACAAAUGAAACCUUUAGGACGAUUAUAGAGAAACCUGUCUGGCUGGGGUUUUUAGGCCCUAUUAUCAAAGCUGAAACUGGAGAUACAGUUUAUGUACAUCUAAAAAACUUUGCCUCUAGGCCUUAUACUUUUCAUGCACAUGGAAUGACUUACUAUAAGGAACAUGAGGGGGCCAUGUACCCUGAUAACACCACAGGUUUUCAAAAAGCAGACGACAAAGUGCAGCCAGGUGAACAGUGUAUGUACAUAUUGCAUGCCAAUCCAGAACAAGGUCCUGGUGAGGAAGACAGCAAUUGUGUGACCAGGAUUUACCAUUCCCACAUUGAUGCUCCAAGAGAUAUCGCCACAGGACUCAUUGGACCUUUAAUACACUGUAAAAAAGAUUCUCUGGAUAAAGAAGAAGAAAAAAAUAUUGACAAAGAAUUUGUGGUGAUGUUUUCUGUUGUGGAUGAAAAUCUCAGCUGGUACCUAGAAGACAACAUUAAGACCUACUGUUCUGAACCAGAGAAGGUUGACAAAGACAAUGAAGACUUCCAGGAGAGUAACAGAAUGUAUUCUGUGAAUGGAUAUGCUUUUGGAAGUCUCCCAGGACUCUCCAUGUGUGCUGAGGACAGAGUAAAAUGGUAUCUCUUUGGUAUGGGUAAUGAAGUUGAUGUGCAUGCAGCUUUCUUCCACGGGCAAGCAUUGACUAAUAAGAACUACCGUGUUGAUACAAUCAAUCUCUUUCCUGCUACCCUCUUUGAUGCUUUUAUGGUGGCCCAGAACCCUGGAGAAUGGAUGCUUAGCUGUCAGAAUCUAAACCAUCUGAAAGCUGGUUUGCAGGCCUUUUUCUGGGUACAAGACUGUAAGAAGCCUUCAUCUGAGAACGAUAUCCGUGGCAAACAUGUUAGACACUACUACAUUGCUGCUGAGGAAAUCAUCUGGAACUAUGCACCCUCCGGCAUAGACACCUUCACCAAAGAAAACUUAACAGCACCUGGAAGUGAUUCAGAGGUAUUUUUUGAACAUGGUUCUACAAGAAUUGGAGGCUCAUAUAAAAAGCUGGUUUAUCGUGAGUACACAGAUGCCUCCUUUACAAAUCGAAAGGAGAGAGGCCCUGAAGAGGAACAUCUUGGCAUCCUGGGUCCUGUCAUUUCGGCAGAGGUGGGAGACACCAUCAGAGUCACCUUCCAUAACAAAGGAACAUAUCCCCUCAGUAUUGAACCGAUUGGGGUGAGCGUCGAUAAAAGCAAUGAGGGCACGUACUACAGCCCAAGCAGAAAUGCGACUCCUCCUUCAGCCUCCCAUGUGGUACCCAAAGGAACAUUCACCUAUGAAUGGACUGUUCCCAAAGAAGUAGGACCCACUUACAAAGAUCCUAUCUGUCUAGCUAAGAUGUAUUAUUCUGCUGUGGAUCCCACCAAAGAUAUAUUUACUGGGCUUAUCGGGCCAAUGAAAAUAUGCAGGAAAGGAAGUUUACUUGCAAAUGGGAGACUGAAGGAUGUAGACAAGGAGUUCUAUUUGUUUCCUACAGUGUUUGAUGAGAAUGAGAGUUUACUCCUGGAUGAUAAUAUUAAAAUGUUUACAACAGCACCUGAUCAGGUGGAUAAGGAAAAUGAAGACUUUCAGGAAUCUAAUAAGAUGCACUCCAUGAAUGGAUUCAUGUACGGGAAUCAGCCUGGUCUCCAUAUGUGCCAAGGAGAUUCAGUUGUGUGGUAUCUAUUCAGCGCUGGAAAUGAGGUUGAUGUACACGGGAUAUACUUUUCAGGAAACACUUAUCUGUCAAGAGGAGAAAGGAGAGACACAGCAAACCUCUUCCCUCAUACAAGUCUGAGGCUCUUCAUGCAGCCUGACACUGAAGGGACUUUUGAUGUUGAGUGCCUCACAACUGAUCACUACACAGGUGGCAUGAAACAAAAAUACACUGUGAACCGGUGCAGUCAGCCAUCUGAGGAUUCAUCCCUCUACCUGGGAGAAAGGACCUACUACAUCGCAGCGGUGGAGGUGGAAUGGGAUUAUUCCCCAAGUAGGAAAUGGGAAAAGGAGCUGCAUCAUUUACAAGAACUAAAUCUUCCAAAUGCAUUUUUAGAUAAGGAAGAAUUUUACAUAGGCUCAAAGUACAAGAAAGUUGUGUAUCAGCGAUUCACUGACAGCACAUUCCAAGUUCCUGAGGAGAGAAAACCUGAAGAAGAACACCUGGGAAUUCUAGGUCCACAACUUCAUGCAGAUGUUGGAGACAAAGUUACUAUUAUCUUUAAAAACAUGGCCACAAGGUCCUACUCAAUACACGCCCAUGGGGUGAAAACGGAGAGUUCUACAGUGACUCCAACCGCACCAGGUGAAACUCGCACUUAUAUAUGGAAAAUCCCAGAAAGAUCUGGAGCUGGAAUAGAUGAUUCUCCUUGUAUUCCAUGGGCUUACUAUUCAACUGUGGAUCGGGUUAAGGAUCUCUAUAGUGGAUUAAUUGGCCCACUGAUUGUUUGUCAGAAACAUUACUUGCAAGUAUCCAAUCCCAUAAAGAAACUGGAAUUUUCCCUUCUGUUUCUUGUUUUUGAUGAGAAUGAAUCUUGGUACUUAGAUGACAACAUCAAAACAUACUCUGAUCACCCUGAGAAAGUAGACAAAGCCAAUGAUGAAUUCAUAGAAAGCAAUAAAAUGCAUGCUAUUAAUGGAAGAAUGUUUGGGAACUUACAAGGCCUCACAAUGCAUGUGGGAGAUGAAGUCAACUGGUAUCUGAUGGGAAUGGGCAAUGAAAUAGACUUGCACUCGGUACAUUUCCAUGGCCACAGCUUCCAAUACCAGCACAGGGGCAUUUAUAGUUCUGAUGUCUUUGACAUUUUCCCUGGGACAUACCAAACCUUAGAAAUGUCUCCAAAAACACCUGGAAUCUGGUUACUCCACUGCCAUGUGACUGACCACAUUCAUGCUGGAAUGGAAACUACUUACACUGUUCUACCAAAUGAAGCAUCUUCUCAGACUCACAGGAGGACACGGAACAUGAACUAUCCAUUUACAGUCAGCAUCGUGAUUUUAUUCCAAAUAUCUACCAAGGAAUGGCUAGGAAAAUAA